AUGACUUCGUAAUCUCAUUGUCUCCGUAGCAUUUAUAAGCACAGAGAUGAGUAGUUGAUGCUUGCAGAUACAUUAUGCUCAUUUUUAUUUGUUUCAUCUUGUUGGUACCUCUCCUAAAAAGUGAAGAUUACAAACCAGUCCACAAAGGAAUUCCGGGCACUUUUAGCCAUAAGAUAUACUUGAAGAGUUCAGAUGGUGUGCCUAUCUCUCCCUUUCAUGACAUUCCCUUUAAAGUUGUGGAUGGAGUAUACAACAUGGUGGUAGAGAUGCCAAGAUGGAGUAAUGCAAAGAACGAAAUUACCAAGGAGGAAACAUUGAACCCCAUCAUUCAAGAUACCAAAAUAUAUGAUGGAGUAAACACACUGAGAUAUGUCAGCAAUUUGUUCCCUUAUCAUGGUUACAUGUGGAACUAUGGAGCUAUUCCACAGACAUGGGAAGAUCCGGAGUAUGUUGACCCAAACACUGGGGUUGGAGGUGAUAACGAUCCUGUUGAUGUUGUCGAGAUUGGUCGUAAUGUUGGGUAUGUUGGUGAGAUAAAACAAGUGAAGAUACUGGGAGUUAUUGCCUUGAUUGAUGGGGGAGAAACUGAUUGGAAGAUCAUGAGUAUUGAUAUUACCGAUCCUAUGGCUGACUCUCUCAAUGAUAUCCAAGAUGUUGAAAACGAGAUGCCAGGGCUUCUUGCAGCUUCUAGAGACUUCUUCAGAAAUUACAAAGUCCCUCGUGGAGGAAAAUACAAUGUUUUUGGGUUUGAAGGAGAGUGGCAAGGAAGAGAGUUCACAGAGAAAUUACUAAAGAAAACACACAAGAAGUGGAAAGAGCUGGUAUCCAGGACAACAAAAGGGAAAAUAAUGACAGAAAAUACCAGUAUUAAUAAUUCGCCUUGGCAUAUCAGCAAGAAAGAAGCUCGCGAGAUCCUGAAAUCAAACCCUCGUUAUAACCCGGACGCACGUGUCCCUCCUCCCGAAUCUGUGCAGCACGUGUCCUUUGUGAAGAGAACUGUUAGUGAACCGGUCUGCGAUGCAGUGAGCGAUGAAGUGGGGGAGGCGCUGCCAGUUCUGCCACUUUGUAGUCUUGGGAAUAAUUGAUAUGUUAGAAGUAGAAAGAGAUUGCAGGCUGUGGUAUUUAGAAAAUAUUAGAACAGAACUUCUAUACUAUGUUUGAUGAACUUUAUCAUGUUGUAUAGAAGUUUUGUACUGAUCUCUUCUGCUGCGUUUUAUUGAAAUAAUUUAAAAAAUACUUGAAUUUGAAGAUUUAUAGCGUUUCAGAUAAGAUUUGAUUCACUCAAAUUUAAUUUUAAUUUAUUUAAUUGUCUAAAU